GCUUCCCUAUAUGCAAAAGAAGAUAAAAUUUGCACUAUUGUAACUCAACUGGAUAGACUAGAGAUACUUGCUUGAAAAUCCAUGGUUAUCCAGAGUGGUUCAUAGAAAUGAAGUUGAAAAUAAAGGAAAAAGCCAUUGUAGAAAAUGUGAUGCAACCUACUGAAACUCCUUUUGAUGAUGCACAGAAGCAAGAUUGGAAUAUGAAUAUGGGAAAUAUGGUACAGAUUCAACAUGGGAUUCUAAAAUAUAUGGAAGAAAACCAUCCCAGCACAAGCAUCAAUGAGGCAAGUUGUGUAAGCUACAAUGAUUUUGUAGGGUUCUAACACUAACUGCUACUCUUUUAGUAAAAAUUAUAUAGAUUGUGGAACUUGGGUAAAAAUUAUAUAUAUAGUAAUGAAACUUGAAUAACUCUACCUACACGCGUCCUUCAAUGGCGACUCUCCGUUGUUGUUAACGCCAACUCAUCAUACCAAAACCCCGUUCCCUCUUUCCUCCGAUAAUCAACACCCUUCACCACCGUUCACUCUCGCUAGAGGCUAAAUUUGAGAUCAUCAAACGGCUAUAAAUACACCCACGCCCCAUUCCCUCUAAUGGCUUCUUCCUCCCUCUCUCUGUCCUCUUCACUGCGCACUCUUUCGUCCUCCGUACGAAGACUAAGUAGACCCUACUUUCCACUAAUCUCACCCAAGGGAGCAUUUUGUCUCAGUAGACUUGACUACUCCACUGGAUUGAGACCAGUGGCUUCAGCUGUUAUUGUAGCUGAAUACAGGAGAUUUGGUUGCAGAGCAAAGGCGUUGCCCAUGGCUGGAAUUACGACGGCCACGACCACUGAUAAGAAGAAGGUGGAGGUGUUUGACUCGGAGGAGGCCCUGGCGGCGUCUCUGGCUAAGUACACCGCUGAUCUAUCCGAAAAGUUUUGUCAAGAAAGAGGAUGCUUUACUGUCGUUUUGUCUGGUGGUUCUCUUAUCAAGUCGCUCAGGAAACUGUUGGAACCUCCUUAUAUUGAUUCAAUAGAAUGGUCGAAAUGGCAUGUCUUGUGGGUAGAUGAGAGAGUGGUCCCUAAGGAUCAUAUUGACAGUAACUACAAACUGGCAUAUGAUGGAUUUCUUGCUCAGCUGCCAAUUCUGCCUGGUAAUGUUUAUGCCAUAAACGAUGCCCUAUCAGCUGAGGGUGCUGCCGACGAUUAUGAAACCUGUCUUAAACAUUUGGUUAAUAUCAAGGUGAUAGAAGCAUCCCCUCUUAGUGGGUGUCCAAAAUUUGAUCUCAUGCUUUUGGGUAUGGGUCCAGAUGGACAUGUAGCUUCUCUGUUCCCUGGGCAUCAUCUUUGUAACGAAAAGGAGAAAUGGGUUACUUGCAUUAAGGACUCGCCAAAACCACCUCCAGAGAGAAUUACCUUCACCUUUCCGGUGAUAAACUCCUCCGCGUAUAUCGCGCUUGUGGUGUGUGGUGCAGGUAAAGCUGAUGCGGUACAAAGGGCAUUGGGAAAGGAUCAACAUGCUGCUGAUUUGCUGCCUGUUCAAAUGGUUUCGCCUGAAGGGGAGUUGAAGUGGUUUUUGGACAAAGAUGCAGCUUCAAAACUGUAGGACGGUAUGCUUCUCAACGCUUCGAGUUUGGCCAAAUAAUAGUACUGAUGCCAUGUUAGUUUGUGUAAUAUAUGAUAUGGGCCUAUAAUAAAACUGUUUUGAAUGAAUUUAGUUUUCUGGUUGAAUCAUUUAAAUU